AACUGAAAGGAAACAAAAAGAGAAGUGAAGAGAAAAAGCAAAAUAUUGGGUGAAGAUAACAGAGAAAGCGCCGAUUUUUGGAUUUCAUUUUCCAAUCAAACUCAAAAUCUAAAAUAAACCCAUUAAUUUUAACCUGUUUAUCUUUCACUUUCUCAUUUUUCUCUGCAAAAUUACCCCAAAACUCCUCUCAAGAUUCUGCUAUUAUUGCUGCUUCUGGUUCACCUCUAUGCAAUGUAAUCUAAUGCUGAUUGGAGAGAAUUUAUCUUAGAUUACACUUGCAUCAACUACAGAUCUUGAAAGAGAAAGAGAAUGGAGAAGGAAAAGAAGAGUACAGAGACUGAUUUUCUGGUACAAUGGGGAACCAAAAAAAGGCUUAGAUGUGUCAAAUUGAAAAAAGAUCAAAACUUGGCUAACAAAUCUAAACAAAUUGAUUCUUUGCCAAAGAAGAAAUUAUCAUCUCAUGUUGUCACUACUGAGAAAGAAUCUUCUUCUCUUAUCAUCAAAGAUUUUGAUUUGUCAAUGAACAAUAAGAAGUCAUCAGCAUUGUCACCGGAGAAGGAAGAUCGAUACUAUGCAACAAGGGGUUCAUUGGGAUUGGAUGAUAAUAGCAAGGUUUUGAUGGAUAAUGCGAGGGAGGCUAAAGGACAUGUUUGGCCUAGGCUUUUUAUCACAUUGUCCAGCAAAGAGAAAGAAGAGGAUUUCAUGGCUAUGAAGGGGUGCAAGCCUCCUCAGCGACCUAAGAAAAGGGCCAAGCUGAUACAAAGAACUCUACUUUUGGUAAGUCCAGGAUCAUGGUUAACAGAUUUAUGUCAGGAGAGGUAUGAAGUGAGAGAGAAGAAGUCUUCCAAAAAGAUUAUAUGAUUGAUUUGGGGUGUGGUGUUGUUUGAUGCAGAGACCAAGAGGUCUGAAGGCAAUGGGAAGUAUGGAAAGUGAUUCAGAAAGAGAGGUUUAGACAUUUUUGGGCACUAACAGAGUCUCCAACAUUUUUUAUUUUUGAUAGUUAGGAGGGACAUUAGAAGUAUAUAUCUUUUUCUUGAACAAAAGACAAAGAAAAACAAAGAGAAAACAAGAAAAAGGGAAUAGGAGCAGCAGGGGUGUUUCUUGGUGGUUUUGUAGCAAUGGCAUUUUUUUUCUUUUAAAUGUUUCUUUGCCUUUACUUUUUGCAUUGUCACAUGUCCUUUCUUCUAUGCAACUAUAAGGUUCUUUACAUGUAUAGCUUUGUUACAUUAUUUAAAGAAGAUAAGCUCAUGCCUCUCAAAGGGACUCUUGGGAUAU